GCAAGGUUAGGUUAGUCGCGUCUCGAGAAAGAUUGAACUGUAAUCUUGUUGCCAAAAAUAUUAUUGACACUAUUUGAUUUCAAAUAGAGUGACAAUGUUUGAUAAUAAAAUGAGGUGGAAGCGUACGAGCAGUACUGGUGUCGUUGAAAAAAUUAUAAUUUUGGACUUGCUUGUUCCGAUCGCUCGCUAGCGUUGUCACACGUAAAAAUCAUACGCUCCGAUUGUCGUGUAACGCAUUUAAUAACGCGGCAAGCUAUCAUUGAGUGAUAAUACAGUAUAUUUAUUGAGUGACGUUGUAAACGGUUAAAAUAUGUCUUCGUACCCAAGUGAUUUAUCACGUUCUCAGGAGUACUUGAGUUUUCGCAGUUCUGUACCACUCAGGAAAAUUAUCGUCGAUGCCAACGGCAUCAAGGGAUGGAAGGUAUAUGAUUCCAAUCCAAAAACUAUCAAGUGCCCACUUAUAUGUCUUCCACCAGCUUGCGGUACUGCUGAUAUAUUUUUUAAGCAAAUAUUAGGUCUGGCUGCCAAAGGUUACAGAGUUAUAUCAGUUGAGCCACCAGUUUAUUGGAGUAUAAAGGAUUGGUGCGAUGGAUUUAGAAAACUGUUGGAUUAUCUAGAACUUGACAAGGUUCAUCUUUUCGGUGCUUCCCUAGGUGGCUUCCUGGCACAGAAAUUUACAGAGAUAAAUGCUCACUGCCCUAGAGUAGUAUCCUUAGUUUUGUGUAACACUUUUACAGAUACAUCUAUAUUUAGUUCCAAUGAUUCUGCAGGAAUUUUUUGGAUUUUACCUUCAUUGGUACUAAAAAAAAUGAUAAUGGGAAAUUUUGCAACACAAAAGGUUGAUGGAGAGAUCGUAGAAGCAAUUGAUUUCAUGGUGGAACAGCUGGAAAGUUUAACGCAAUCUGAAUUAGCAUCACGUUUAACAAUGAAUUGCAUAAAUUGCUAUGUACAACCGCAAAAAAUAUGUCACUUGCCUGUGACAAUAAUAGACGUUUUUGAUGAUUAUGCUUUAUCAAAUGCAACUCGAGAAGACAUGUAUAAAUGCUAUCCAAAUGCAAAACUAGCACACUUGAAAACUGGUGGAAAUUUUCCAUAUUUAAGUCGAUCCGCCGAAGUUAAUCUACAUUUGCAGAUUCACUUAAGACAGUUUGAAGGCACAGAAUAUGCAGCUUCAGAAACAACUAAGAGUUAGCAAAAUACGUUAAUUUUAGA